AUUAUGUCCCUGCAAGGUGAAGAGGCUGGCGGAAAGUGAGUUAAGAGGAGGAAGAGCAAGAAGUUAGUCUCAGCAUGGGGGGUAAGAAGAAAACUAAAUGGAAGAAAGUUUCAUUAGCUGAAUUUACUAAGGAAAUUCAGAAAAAUGAUGUAGCUCCAUCCAAGAUAAAUAACCAAGAAGGUCUUGCAGCAGGUCUGCCGAAGGAAGAGGAGAAGGAAACAUUUUUGCCAUUAACUGAGGAAGUAACUGAAAACUGUGCACCAUAUACGAUAGGGUAUGGAGAAUAUACGGAUGGUUUCUGGUAUCCAACAUCUUAUGUCACCUACAAUCCGGAACUUGUGGUACCUGGAAACUACUUUAUGCCUAUAGAUUCUUGUUACUAUUAUUACACACCAGAAAUACCUACAGUACAAGAAUACGUUCCAGCACCUUACCAAGACUAUUCUACUGUUAAAG